UCAGCUAGACUCGGAUCUGUAUGACAAAGUGAGUUAUCUGGAUCUCAUAUCUCAAUACGAAGAAAGGGAGCGUCAAAGAAAAAUGAAAGAAGCAGAAAAUUUUCGGCUUUUACGUGAACAGGCUGAUAAGAUAUCACCACGCAUAUUUGAUGGCGAUCAUAAUCCAAAACAUUCUUCCGAUGCUGCAGCUGGUGCUGGUUCAUUGAAUAUGUCUUCUGAUCCGGCUGUUCGACUUAUAUGGAUGGAUGCAUUGGAUUUGCGUGAUUUACAAAAUCACUCCGAGCAAAGCGAAUUCUUAGUACUCAGGAGACUUCUUGGCAUAGAUCGCAUAUCAUAUGAUACUCUUUCGCGAUAUCACAUCAAAGGACAUUUGGAUAAUUUUAUGAGGGUUGGACUGUGUUAUCCAAGAUAUCGAGGGCCUAGCAGUCGUGUACGAAUACCAGCAGGGUUGAAAGUUAUUCGAAAAGUCGGUAGUGAUUCUUUGGAGAAGGAAAAUUAUCCUGGAUCGGAUAGUGAAGGAAAAUCACUAUUUUCGGGAAUCUUUGGCUAUCAUUUGGUUACGGCAUCAGAUCGACGUAUUAUACUGACCACCAAUGAACGUGAUGCUCUGGCGGUAUUCGAAGCCACUGGUGGAAUGCUAUGUAUAGCGUUACCGAAGGGUGAACAACUGGAUACACGUAUACUUCCAUAUUUGGAAGAUUUCGAUAUGGUUUACCUUUGGUUCCCCUAUGUUCAGGAAAAAUAUGCAAAAGAUUAUGCAUCACUGUUAAAUGCUAAUCGUUGCUUCAUCGUUGACAAUCAUGAGCGCCCAAUUGAAUUGUUACGUUCUGAUCGUAGACGUGAAAUUAAUAAAGCAAUUCGAGAUGAUUCGAUUCGUUUACGUGGCAAAGGAUUUCGUUCAUUAAUUGAUAUACGAAGUGAAUUGAAAUCCGAGCUGGUUAAGGAUCAGAUGAAGAUGAAUGGCGUCGCACAGUGGAAACGUUUUGAUUUGCUGAACCGAUUUAUGCGUGGAUUUCGACCCGGAGAGAUGACAGUUAUAACUGGAGGUACUGGUUUCGGAAAAACAACAUUUCUUUGUGAAUAUGCUCUUGAUCUUCUUGUUCAAGGGGUUCGUACUCUGUUCUGUAGUUUUGAAAUGCCGGAUGAAAAAAUUUUGAAAUGGAUGCUCGUGCAAUAUGCAGCGUUGCCCUUAUACAGAGUGGAACAUCAUCCAGCCGUUGAACUGUGGAUUGAUCGUUUCGAACGAACUAAAGGAGAAUUGAUUAUUAUGAAAGCGGAUGAAUUCCGGAAUCAUUCCGUCAGUCAGAUAGCUAGUGCUAUCAGAAAUCAAGUUGUAGCAGGUGAAAUCGGACAUGUUGUCAUUGAUAAUUUGCAAUUUCUAGUAGGUCUUGCAAUUUUGAACGAUGAAACAGCGAAUUCAUUCGAACGAUUCCAUCAGCAGGAUCGUUUUAUCGGUUUGAUGCGAAGUAUUGCCACUGAUUGUAUGACACAUAUCACAAUGGUAGUCCAUCCUCGAAAAACCAACGGUGGUGAAGAUCUUGAUGUACAUCACUUCGGGGGUUCGGGACGAGUUACGCAAGAAGCGGAUAACGUUUUUGCAAUACAGCGACGACGAGAUGAGACCGAUCGGCGUAGAUUUCGUAAAUUUUUAUAUAUUUUGAAAAAUCGAUACGGUCAGAGAAAAGUUGAGGAUGAUAUGAUUGAAAUGAUCUUCCAACCGACCACAUAUACGCAUACGUUGGUUGAUGUAUCAACAGAUCCGGUGAACUCAUCCUCCAAGUGACCUUCCAUCUCUCAAAACUCAAAAUCUUCAAUUUCCAUUGCCAUGUUAUUGGUAACUCUGCCGUUGUCCGUAAGUCUGAAUAUCAUUUCCGGUAUACCCAGUUAUAGCAAUCCAAGC